AUGAGAAAACGAAUGUCACCUGAACUACGUCAAAGAUUUUUUCGUCAAGUGUAUAGAUUAGUGAAAUUAGAUCCUAGAGUUCAUCGUGGACAAAGUCUUAUACAUUUAGCAUGUUCACCGGAAACUUCAACUGUUGGUCGUUUUGUUAUCUGUCCUUUUCCAAAUGUAAAUGUUUUAUCAUUAUUAUUUGAAUUGGGAGCUGAUGCUAAUUGUGCUGAUGUUGAUGGUCAACGUCCUAUUGGUCAUGUUCUUGCACAACGUCGAUUAAAAAGUUCUGAUCAUGCUUCACUUAUACAAACUCUAGUUAAAUGUGGAGCACAUUUGGAUGCUACUAAUCGUAAUUCAUUAACUAUACUAUAUCAACGUUUUCAUCAUGUACUCACUGAAUCUCGUGUACAAAUAUUGAAUCAUGUAACUUUAGCAUGUCAAGCUGCUCGUGUAGCAAAUCGUUAUGGAUUGACUGCAUCGAAUCCAUCAGUUCAAGCCUAUUUACCAAAUAGUCUAUUAGCUUUCUUACAAAUGCAUCAAUGA